CUCUUGUUACCACCACAUAUUUUUUCAUGUUUUGCCCUUUAUUGUAAUUAUAUCUAAGAUAUUUUCAUGAGGUGUAAUGUGAAGCAAGAAAUGCAAUGCUUUAAUUAGGUGAGGUAACAAAAGUACCAGGACUUUGUUUAUUGUGUCUGGUGUCAGAUAUCUUAAUGAAUUCAAACAAUCAAAAAUGAUGAUCAUACAGGAGAAUGUUGGUGCUGUGUGGUGGAAAGAACUCAAAAUAACAAAAGGGUGAUUUCAAUUCUGCCCCGUACCCAUGCUGAGAAUGUUCACAGUGAGACAGUCUCAUUUCUGCCGAUGACUCACCGGCUCUGUUGUGCUUGAAGCCUUGAAGCAGGCUUAGUUGCUGAGAACACAAACAUGGUAACUAGACAGGGAUUCACUUUGUGAUGUUAUCUUCUGCCUUGUUUCCAUUUUUAUAACAACAGCGUUGUCUGGAGGUGACUCUGGCUGUUCAUCUGUCCAUCUGUAUGUCACACCUGUCUAAUUUUGGUUAAACUAGGUGUACACAUUCUGUGGUAAUAUUUAUUGUGCGUCCAUUCAUGUCUUGGGACUUUUCAGGAAACUGCAUUGCCAUUUCAUAAUGCUUAUGUCAUGGUCAUGAAUUUACAGUCAUGGUGGGGAAUGUAUGUUAAUGAAAUACUUGGUUCAUACUUGGAUUCAGGUUAACCAAAUUGGGUUAAUAUUGCUCCCUCCCAAUGCUGUUUUAUUUAUUUUUUCUCAAUUUACUGCUGUGAUAAUAAAAUUGUCAAUUUUUAUAUUUUACAGUCCUUUUGCCUGUCCAAACUACUCACAAGACAAGCUGUAAAAAUGUCUUAACAACACCAGAUUUAAAUACCACUGAACUCAUUAACAACACCCAGUAGACUUAUACUAUUUUAGAUCUGGUGCUGUUUUAGACUAGGUACUGUAUACAGGUUUAAAGCUGGCAAGAUGUAUAUGCACCUCCGUAUGUAUAAUAAAAUAGACCCAGUAUUUACAGCUGACUCUUGUCUUCUGGUAUAAGAAUAACAUAUACUUUUAACCUGUACUUUCUUAAGACAGCAGCUUAAACAACACAGCCCGCAAACACCGUUUCUGACAGCUGUUGUGAGUGAGACUCUCUAAUGUUGCCAGAAACUUUCCCAAGCAAAAGGUGCAGGGAAGGAAAUUUUCAUUUCACUAAAACAUACAUAUAUCUACAGCUUUUGGAAAUACGGAGAAUGGAACCAAAUAAUACAUUUGUAUAUCUAAUCAUUUAAUUAUAUUUACUCCAUGAAGUCCAGCAAGUAAGUACAAAUGUAUUACAGUACAUUAGAAUGGCAUUUCCACAUUGUUAGAAAGUCUUUGAUUUACGGUUAAAUGCUGCCCUCUAGUGUUCAUGAAUGUUUUAUUGUUCUCUUUAUACACGUCAUCUUAGUGAGACAGUUUCCUUAUGAGUCAGCUUAGAAAGUCGGUUUUUCUGUAUUGUCAUAGAUGGCUGAGAGUAAGCAAGCCCUUUCUUACACGAAUAAAUCAUCUAUCUGUGCGUCAGUGCCGAAAUGAAGGACAGAGGACUUCCUCCAGCAGUAAAGACCCCCAAGGGCCUAGUCGGAGAAGCCGCAGCCUGUCUGCCAGACCCCUGGCAACAAAAUGCUCUGCAAAAGCUCUCCCUCAAGCACCCCAUCACAGAGAUACAGAACACAGUCCUCAAUAUCUGUGGAAACAAGCCAGCUCAGGAGCUGAGGCGGAGUGUGUUCAACUUUGACAAGAUUCAGCAGUCGGAAGACUGUCCCUGUGAGGAUCCUGUGACACAGAUACUGGGGGAAACAACAGCACCUCCAGCACCGCCUGUACCUCUGACACCGCCAGCACCUACAGUCCUUUCAGCUCCUUCAGUUUCUUCAGUUACAAACGAGUCUGCGCAGGAAGCAAAGACUGAGGAAAGAGUUCUCCAUCAAGCAGCAUGA